AUGUUGCGCGACGAAAAGUUCACUUUUGCGUCGCGCAAAGGUUAUUUUAAUGAAGUUUGCGCGACGGAUAUAGAUAUUCGUCGCGCAAAGUCGAAUAAGUUUUCUGAAAAUCGCGAUCUUCUCCUUCUUCCCCAAUUUCUCAAACGGAACCCUAAACCUCCAUUUCUCUCCGCCGUGACCUCAGCCCCUACUCCGCCCCAAAUCAGACCCUGCCGCCGCCACCGUCGAUCCCAGGACCUUCUCCGCCGUCGCCGUCCAUCCUGCCGCCGUGAAUUGCUCCGUUUAGGCCGAAUCUUCGCCGCCGUUGUUCUCUCUCCUCCGGGCACCAAAUCCGGCAAUUGA